GAAAAACAAAAUAAAAACCAAAAAGAAGUCACAAUGCGCAAUUUCGCUUCUCAUCUUCUUCUCCCCCACCCACCCUACCAUGCCCCGUCGGAAAAAUUCUGAGACAAAUAGAUCAACAUCCGUAGCUUUUCGACACCCUAAAACCGACCCGAAUCGUUAUCGGGGAGUCCGUAAACGCCCGUUGGGCCGGUUCGCAGCCGAGAUACGAGACCCGAUUAAAAAAGCUCGGGUCUGGCUUGGCACCUUUGACACGGCGGAGGAUGCUGCACGCGCUUACGAUGAUGCCGCACGCGCCUUCCAUGGACCCAAAGCGAAAACCAAUUUUUCAGUUUUGCCUCCGUAUGGGCAGAACCAAUUUGAAAAUUUUAGCCGGCCGGCUUCCAGUAGCCUGAGCAGUACGGUGGAGUCAUCCAACGGGGUGCGUGAUUUGCACUCGCGGGUUGAAAUUACUCGCCGGAUUACUCCGCCGGCGGUGGAGUGUUACAGUGGUUGCGAUUCGUCAUCGACUGUGGUGGAUGAUAAUAUUGACGGCGAUUCGUCGUCAUUUUGUAAACAGCCUCUACCGUUUGAUUUGAACUUGCUCCCUCCGUCUGAUGACGUUGAUGAUGUCCAUGUUACCCCUUGUAUUUUUAGUUAUGUUAACUAAGUUGAUUCUGAUGAAAAAAAAAGAACUCUUUUUUCUAUGUUACUUGGGGAAAAUGUAUCAAUGUGUGGUGGAUGUUGAGAAAUUAAUAACCAAAUGGGUUUUAAAAUUAUGCAUAGAUUAAUUUACUGAGUCAUGAUGUUAUCUAAAUCAGAAAAGAAUGUAUCUUUACUAUAGAACGUUGGAUCUGAUGCUGAGUUUUUUUUUUUUUAAUAAUAAUUAUUACUAUUGUUUUAAUUUAUAAAAUUUACCUUUCUUUUGUAUUAUGAAACUGAAUUGGUAAAAUGUUCUUCCCUAUGAUACUGAAACAUUUUUUUCCCUCUGUGCGUUUUCUUCUGAUAAAAUGGGUCUGAAUACAGCAUAUUGGACAAGAUGAUUAAUAUGAACUAACUUGGAUGGAGGCUAAGUUGAUUGAUUGAUUGCUUCUGUUUUUUGAGAAAUAUUCUUGUAGUAUUAUGACUUGGUGCAGGAUUAUCGGAUGAGCACGAGUUUGCAGCAAUGGUGAUAAACGAGGAGGAUACAUGCUGCCGGGAAAGAAGAUCGAAGGAGUGGAGGCAUCUCAAAGAUUUAGCAGCCAAGAAUUUUGUGCUUAUUCAACUAUGACUUUCUGAAGUUUAAAGAGAAAAAUCAUGCAUGAUGAAACCUUAUCCCACUGUUGAAAAACUUGCAAUUCCCGUUCUGUAUAGCGAGGUCACCAUGCAGUAGCGGAUUUAGACGUUGUGGGUAUCAAGUACAUCUAAUUCAACCUAUACUUGUUAUUUGCACAUAUAUUGGCAAUGGUUGCUGCAUAAAAGUUGAAAUAUACAUUCUUCUUUGAGGAGUAUGUGCUUGUUUACUGAGAUUCUUGCCAUGACCUUGCUAUUCAUCAAUUCUUAUCGAGAAGGUUCUAAAGUCAUGAUGCUGUAACGAGAGGUGAAAUAUUAUUGCUUCAUAAACUGUAUUUGGCAAGUCCAGAAAACAAAAACGAUGCUCUCAUGGAAAAACAGCACUGCAUCAGAAUAUGGAUCUCAACAAUGUUACCCAGUAUAUUCCUAUAAAGCUGUUGGUUGGUCCAUGUCUGAUAAAAAUUCAUGAACAACUAUGCCUCAAUCCUAAUUACUGUGGUAUCGAUAAAAGUUUGCGUUAAGGGGCAAUGUGAUCUGAGAUUUUCUAGUUUUA